AAUAGUAGGACUCUUACCUCAAGUUAUGCAAGCCCAGUGGGCGGACUGGGUGGAUGAAUUGACUGAAGAUAAUAGAGAACCAACCUUUGACGAGCUUACUCAAUUUAUAGCAUCCCGCGCGAGGAUAGCUAAUAGUAGGUUUGGACGGUUAGCGAAAAGUCCGAGAAAGGGACACAACUUGAAGACAAAUUGUCACUGGCAAUUGGAGCAGGAGAAUAAUUCGAAAGGGAGAGCUAAAUGCAGUAUGUGUUCCCUGGACCAUGCUAUUUAUAAAUGUCCAAAUUUUUUAGCGCUUACCGUUCAAGAGAGAUGGUCUCACGCGAAGGUUAAUGGCAUCUGUUUUGUCUGCCUUAGGCUAGGGCAUAAAGUUAAUGAAUGUAAGAUAACAAGGCUCUGUAAGGUCGACAGUUGCGAGAGGAGACAUCAUCCGCUGCUGCACACUGACUCGACAAGCAACGUCAUAAAUGAUAAGCCAUCAUGCCCGGAAUAUAGGAAAAGAGUUGUUAAUCAUACCAGUAAGAUGCAGGCAUUAGAGAACGAAAAACGUAAGCCUUAUGACGUAGAGUUUUCAGAUGCUUAUUCAAGUGAUAAAUCAUUAUCAGUAGACGACAAGGUGGCUAUAAAGAUUGUGGAAGGUGGCACGCGCUUCGGCAACGGUCAUUUUGUAGUUUCUAUAUUUUGGAAAAAGAAUCCAGAUAUGAGAGUGGAUAAUUAUGAAGUAGCAAACCGUAGAUUACAAAGUUUGAAGGGUAUGUUGUCGAAGGAUGUCAGUCUGCACAUCAAGUAUAUCAAAAGUACUGAAAGUGAUAUUACUAAGACUUAUGCGGAGAGGGUCUUUGAAAUAUAUCUGCAGUCUUAUUAUCGCCCUCGAUGGUAUUUACCUCAUCGUGCAGUAUUAAACAUGAAAAAACCAGAUUUUAGAGUGGUCAUUGAUUGUGUCGCCCAGUUUGCAGAGGUUCCCCGGAAUGAUAUGAUUUAUCAAGAACCCAAUACCACCGCUGAGUUAAUGUGUAUAUUAUUAGGUUUUCGCAAGGAGGCAGUUGCAAUCCCUGCAGAUGUUGAAGAAAUGCUCAUGCAAGUGAAUGUUCCUGAGUCUGAUCGAGGAGCUUCAAGAUUUCUGUGGUGGCAGGAGGGGGACAUGUCGAGAGAACCGUCUGAGUUUCAUAUGACAACUCAUGCAUUUGGUGUCACAUCAUCGCCGUUUCGUGCGAACUUUGCUUUGAAUAAAACGGCCCAAAUAUUCUCUGACGAUUAUGAUAGUUAUGUCGUAGAUACUGUCAAGAAUAAUUUCUAUGUCGAUGAUUGCUUGAUAUCUAUUCCCAGUUGUGAUCAAGCAAAGAGUUGCGUUAAGCAUAUAAGUGAAUUUAAGAACAGCAGUGAAGUAGUAAGUCAUGAUGAUCUGAAAGGUUUAUCGGUGAUGAUGCUUGAUGGGUUACUCUGCGUUGGAGGUCGACUAAGAUACUCAGAUUCCCCAAAUGCUUUUAAACAUCCAGUAAUUUUACCCAGUCGACACUUAGUGACGGAAAUGAUUAUUAGACAUUGUCCUAAAGAACAAGGACACAUAGGAAGAUCAUUAGAAAAGGGGUAUGGAUAUGUGUUUUCUUGUUUGCAAACAUGGGCAGUACAUAUUGAAAUGAUGUGUAGUUUGAUUACUGAUUCAUUUAUAAUGGCCUUAUUACGUUGUAUUGGAAGAAGAAGGAAACCUCCGGAGAUUUACAGUGACAGUGCGUCAAGCUUCGUGUGGGCAGUUUCUGAGUUAAGGAAGUUUGUGCAACCGUCGAAUCAGCAGAAGAUAAAUAGUGAAUUGUCAGCGAGGCCCUCAUCCAACAGCAUGGGUGGAGUUUGGGGAAGAGUGACUAAGUCUAUACCACGAGUGUUAUUGUUGGACACCAGAGAGCAAGUGAAACAGGUCUCUUUGAAGCUUCGGAUUAGUCUUUGUUGUUAUUAAUGUAGGUAGGUCGAGUAGGCGUACUGUUGUAAGUCCUACUCGUUCCUAUAGUGUGAUAUGUUAUAUAAUGAACCAUGAUCGUAGGCAUCAAGGUAGCUUGUGUGGUAUGGAGGGAUUUUGGGGGCCGGUGUAAGAUCCAUUUUGAACGUUUUAUGUGUUGGUGAAAAUCCCUCCAUGUAUAUACUUGUACUUUGUUCCUAUUGAUUCCCUUAGUUGUACAUUGUUGUAUUUUGAUUACAUUUGAGUUGUUAAUACUUGUAUUUUUUAUUAUAGUUUUGUUUUUCUUACGCAUGCACUAAGUUUGUGUUUCUUCCUGAACUGCAUCUGUGUUGUUUUACUUGACACUUAUUCUUGGCGGUAGCCAUAUUGAUUUGUUCCUCCUGUUGUGUAUGAUCUAUCCAGCCAGGAUAGAAUAACGUUGAUUUGUUGUGAUUGGUAAUUUUUCCUCAUCUUCUAUCAACUUCUUUAUUAUUGUAAUUUAGAUUUAAUUGAUUGAACAAUCAUUGGUUGAAUAGCCGGGUGAUAAUAUUUGUUUAGGUAAUGAUUUACAUUAAAUUUAUUAUGAAUUAUAGAACCGCUAGUUACCCGAUUACUUGUUCUGAUUUCGACGGGAAGGGCGCGUAUCUAACAUCCUCUAUCGGCUAUUCUUCAACAUCCAAACCGUAGUUUGGAUUCUACAGUUCUAAACAAAUUAUUAAUUGGUCGAAUUCGUUGGGCAAUCGUUCGCGGAUUUUGAUUAUCGUUUCUGGAAGUAUUUGGUCGUUUCGUUUAUAAUGCCAACUAAUUGUCGAAAGAAAUCAAGCUCAAAGUUUGGUGAUGUUAAUGAAGAAUCCCCUAUUACCAAGCAAGUGCCUUUUGAUGUCCUUAAGUGUCAUGGUUCAGACUCGAAUAGGGUUGAUUAUCAUGGUAGUGACCCUAGUCUUAAUUCGAUGACAGAUGGCGUAAAAAAUCUUAGUUUAACGGAGAAGCAAAAGCUUGAAUUAUCAGGAAAAAGCGUUUUGCCUAUAGCGCAUGUUGUUGGUCUAGAACUACCAAAGGUUGAAUUGAGUUAUUUCGAUGGACAACCAAGAGGAUACUGGAUAUUUAUAAGGCAAUUUGAGACCUAUGUAGCGUCAAGAGUCACUGAUGAUAGCCAACGUUUGCUCUAUUUGAUGCACUAUUGUAAGGGCAAGGCGAAAAGAGCUAUUGAGGGUUGUGUCAUGAUGGAAGCAUCGUCUGGUUAUAAAAGAGCAAGGGAAAUUCUAAAACGUUUGUUCGGGCAGGCGCAUGUAAUCGCUCGGGAGACUUUAGAGGACUUAUUCAAAACUACAAAUGUUGAUUACAGUGAUCCUGAGCAACUAACAAAUCUGGCUAUUAGGAUGGAAAAUUGUUCUAUGGUUUUGAAACAGAUGAAGUAUACUGCCGACUUAAAUUCUCUAUUUACCUUAGAGAGAAUAGUAGGACUCUUACCUCAAGUUAUGCAAGCCCAGUGGGCGGACU